AAACAUGUAUAAAGAUUCCCACAAGCCAAAGAGACUACUUACUAUAUAUGACUAGUGAGUCAUCUCUAUUUGAGGAAGAACAAAAACAAUCAAAGCACAGAGAAAAAUGGCAGGUUUGUUUGAUAAACAAGCUGAUCUAUACCUAGACGCCAGACCUAAUUACCCAUCGGAAUGGUUCUCCAAGCUCGCCGGUCUCACGGAUCACCACGUUUUAGCCUGGGAUGCCGCCACCGGCAACGGCCAAGCAGCUCUCGCCGUCGCAGAUCACUACGAGAGAGUCAUAGCGACGGACAUCAGCGAAUCGCAGCUGAAGCUCGCGACGCCGCAUCCCAAGAUCGACUACCGCCACACGCCGUCGACGAUGACCGACGACGAGAUGGUGGAGCUGAUCGGAGGAGAGAGCUCGGUGGAUCUGAUCACGGUCGCUCAAGCCGUGCACUGGUUCGACCUCCCGAGAUUCUACGCGGUCGCAAAGCGCGUCCUCCGUAAACCGGGAGGAAUCAUCGCCGUAUGGGGAUACAACGACGUCGUGGUGUCGCCGGAGUUCGACAAGGUACAGUACCGUUUCCACGCCGAAACGCUGCCGUAUUGGAAGUAUCCGAAUAUUCAGCACGUGUUCGACGCCUACGGAGCGUUGCCGUUUCCUUUCGAGAGCGUGGGGAUGGGAUCGGAAGGGAAGCCGUUGAUGCUCGAGAUGCCUAAGACGACGUCGUUUGAAGGGAUCUUGAGGAUGUUUAAGUCGUGGUCGGCUAUUGUUACGGCGAGAGAGAAAGGUGUGGAGUUGUUACCGGAGAGUUUGAUCAAAGAGCUCGAGACUGCUUGGGGAGGAAAGGAUCUUAUUCGUAAUGUUGUUUACAAAGCGUUUAUGAUCGUUGGAAGAGUUAGCGUUUGAAAUCAUCAAACGUUUUAAAAUUCGUUUCUUUCAUAAUAAAACGUUUAAUAAA